UGCCACCAUGCGUUACACAGAUUGGGUGCAUCGAGUCAACCGAGCAGUGGCUCGAAGCCCCGUCGGCCGAUGGUUCCGCCUGGAGAACUCGGGUCAUCCCAAAGAACGAGCAGGCAGCUUCUUCUUCACAGAGCUCCGCGCCGGGCUGGCCACCUUCUUCGCCAUGGCUUAUAUCAUCAGUGUCAACGCGACCAUCACUUCUGACACGGGGGGAACCUGCGUCUGUCCGCCGGACAGCUACGCUGAUCAGUGCGACAGCAACACUGAGUACUUGCUGUGUGUGCAGGAAGUCAAGCGCGACAUCGUCACCGCAACCGCGGCCAUCUCGGCACUAUCUACCUUCUGCAUGGGCAUCUUCUCGAAUCUGCCGGUCGCAUUGGCUCCCGGUAUGGGAUUGAACGCGUACUUCGCGUACACGGUGGUCGGACAUCAUGGGUUCGGUAUGAUCCCGUACCGCGUAGCCCUUACGGCCGUCUUUGUGGAGGGGUUCGUCUUCUUGGCUUUGACCCUGCUGGGGAUUGGGCUGGUGACGGGAGCCACGGACUCACCGAUUGAACUGGCGGGGUGUAGCGAGAGCCUCCGUGACGCGACGGCCGGUGUCUGUCCGGAUUCCGCGAAGAUGCGCAGUCCGACGAUGUGGAUCGGGAUUUUCUGCGGCGGGGUUCUCACGGCCAUGCUCAUGCUUUACCGGGUGAAGGGCGCCGUCAUCAUCGGAAUCCUGCUGGUGUCCAUCAUCUCAUGGCCGCGUCCGACGCCCGUGACGUAUUUUCCUCAUACCGAGCUCGGGGACAGCAUGUUUAAUUUCUUCAAGAAGGUAGUCACAUUCCAUCCGAUCACGCGCACCCUUGUAGCGCAGGACUGGGAUAUUUCUGAGCACGGGUCCCAGUUUGGGCUGGCCUUCAUUACCUUCCUGUACGUGGACAUCCUCGACACCACCGGCACCCUAUACUCCAUGGCCCGGUUCGCGGGAACGAUCGACCCGCAGACGCAGGAUUUCGAGGGUAGCGCUCUAGCCUACAUGGUCGACGCGAUCUCUAUCUCGAUAGGGUCGCUGUUCGGUACCUCCCCCGUGACAGCCUUUGUGGAGAGCGGCGCGGGGAUCUCCGAGGGCGGCAAGACCGGCCUGACCUCCUGCACGACGGGAAUCUGCUUCUUCGUCGCCGUGUUCUUCGCGCCAAUCUUCGCGUCCAUCCCCCCCUGGGCGACGGGGUGCACUCUGGUCAUUGUGGGGGCGCUGAUGGCCAAAGCGGCUGCGGAGAUCAACUGGCGGUACUUUGGGGACGCCAUCCCUGCGUUCCUGACGAUCGCCAUCAUGCCUUUCACGUACAGUAUCGCGUACGGCCUGAUCGCCGGGAUUCUGAGCUACAUCACGCUCAACGGCAUGGAUGAGAAGGAGCCGUGGACGUGGAAGAUCCCUGGGGGGUUCUUCCCUCCGUGGCUGCGGCGAGCCGCUCAGGGGAACAGGAGCUUCUGGCGCGAGGACGAGGAGAAUGGCAGGCGAUCGGACGAGUCGCAGGGACAGACCAGAACAGGCGACGUGGGCGUAGACGUGGCUGGAAAGGAGGUAUGA